CUAAGGUUCCUCAAAACCUAAGUGAAGGGAAGUUACUCCAUAGAGAAGAGAGAGACUGCAGAAAUCUGAUCUAGAUCUUCAAUCUCCAUCUCCAAGCUUGAUUCCCGAGCUCCAAUGGCGAAGAAAUCCUCCAAAAUAGCUCCAAGAAUGUUCCCAAGUCGCUCUCUCUCUCUAGGGUUCGUCCCUUGGGUGUUUGGGAUCCAAAACCCAGCUCUCCUCUUCUUUGGUUCGGAAUUUGGCUUAAAACCAGGAAAUCCCGACUCGCACGGCCAGGGUGCACGGCCGUGCAUAUCACCAUUCUGGCCGUGCAACUCAAAACGCAGCGUGUCAUUUAGUCGAACUUUAGCCCUCUCGCACGGCCAGGGUGCACGGCCGUGCGAGCUUCAGGGGUUGCCCGUGCGUGUCCUCGGCAUAAGGCGCACGGCCAUAUUGCUCACGUGCACGGCCGUGCAGCCUCCCUGGUCUGCCCGUGCAGCUCCCCAAAAACCUCGCCAUUCGUCCGUUCUUCGUCCAAUCGACCCCAGACUCGCUCCUAAGCCUUCAUUCACGUACUAGGACCUGAAACAUCACAAACAAGCACAACCUAGCGUGAAAUCGGUCUAAAACACGAGAAAUCACAUCUCAAACGGUGUAAGAACAGGGGUAAAAACAUGUGUAAUUAACGGUUAGCAUAGUU